AUGGCCCCCAUAACGCAUAUUGUCAUGUUCGAGUUCAAGUCCGACGUCACAAAGGCCCAGCGCGACGAGCUCAGCAAAGAGAUGCUCGCGCUCAAGGACAACUGUAUCCACGCCGCGACUCAGAAACCGUACAUUGUCCACUCGCACGGCGGCACAGACAAUAGCAUCGAGGGCUUCCAGCACGGCAUCAGCCAUGUCUUUGUCGUCGAAUUCGCCUCUGUCGAAGACCGCACAUAUUACGUCAAGGAGGACCCUGUCCACAGCCGCUAUGUCCAAAAGCUUCUCCCGUUUCUCGUCAAGCCCACUGUCGUUGACUUUACGCCCGGUGAAUUUCACUAG